AGUAAAGAUGGCUGCGCGCGGGUCUCCGCCCUCCGCUCCCGGCUGAGGCGCUUGGCGGCGGCUGCGGCGGCGGCCCGCAGCAGCGGCGGCGAUGGCGGAGAUGGAGCACCUGGGCGGGAAGCGGGCCGAGUCGGCGCGGGCACGGCGGGCCGAGCAGCUGCGGCGCUGGCGGGGCUCGCUGACGGAGCAGGAGCCCGCCGACCGGCCGGGCGCGGGGCUGCCGCCGCAGGCUCAGCGGGGGGGCCCGCGGGUCCGCUUCGAGGACGGCGCCGUGUUCCUGGCCGCCUGCUCUAGCGGGGACACCGACGAGGUGAGGCGGCUCCUGGCCCGGGGCGCCGACGUGGACACGGCCAACGUGGACGGCCUGACCGCCCUGCACCAGGCUUGUAUUGACGAAAAUUUGGACAUGGUGAAGUUUCUGGUGGAGAAUGGAGCCAAUGUAAACCAGCAAGACAACGAGGGCUGGACACCCCUCCACGCAGCAGCGUCCUGUGGCUACCUCAACAUAGCAGAGUAUUUCAUUAACCAUGGAGCCAGCGUGGGUGUUGUGAACAGUGAAGGGGAAGUCCCCUCUGACCUCGCAGAGGAGCCUGCCAUGAAGGAUCUUCUUCUGCAGCAAGUGAAGAAGCAAGGGGUCGAUCUCGAGCAGUCGAGGAAGGCAGAGGAACAGCAGAUGCUGCAGGACGCCCGCCAGUGGCUCAACAGCGGGAAGAUACAGGAUGUGAGGCAGGCGCGCUCAGGGGCCACUGCCCUCCAUGUGGCUGCCGCCAAGGGCUACUCUGAGGUCCUCAGACUUUUGACUCAGGCUGGCUAUGAGCUCAAUGUCCAGGACCGCGACGGCUGGACCCCGCUCCAUGCCGCCGCACACUGGGGGGUGAAGGAGGCGUGCUCCAUCCUGGCAGAAGCCCUCUGUGACAUGGACAUCAGGAGCAAACUGGGCCAGACACCGUUUGAUGUGGCUGACGAGGGCCUCGUGGAGCACCUGGAGAUGCUGCAGAAGAAGCAGAGCGUGCUUCGAAGUGAAAAAGAGACACGGAAUAAGCUCAUUGAGUCAGACCUGAACAGCAAGUUGCACGGUAGACUCUUUAAGAACAAAGAGAAGAUGCUCUAUGAGGAGGAGACACCGAAGCCCCAAGAAGUGGAGGAUGAAAGCAAAGCAUCCAGCAGCUCCAGUUCAGACGAGGACGAAGGUGAAGACGAGGCUUCUGAGUCAGAAACCGAGAAGGAGGCGGGUGAUGCCGAGCCCCCCUGUCUCCAGAGCACCGGGGGUCGCUGCUUGUCACAAGAUAAAAAGCCGGAAGCCGUCGUCAACCGUUCCAACUCUGAAAGCAAGAGCAGGGCCGCAGAGCAGACGCCAGCACCGGCACAGACCGUCUCCUCCAGCUCCUCAGCCAGGAGAUUCUCCGGUCUUUUCAACAAGCCGGAAGAGCCCAGAGAUGAGUCUCCCUCUUCGUGGAGGCUGGGCCUCAGGAAGACCGGCAGCCAGAACGUGCUGAGCGAGGCGGCCAGGUCCAGGGAGGCGCUGCGGGACCGGGCCGCGUCCAUCCACCGCUCGGCCUCCAGCCCCCGCAUCUCCACUGUGCUGGACAACAGAGAAAAGGAGAGAGAAAACAGAAGCUCUUUCAGUUCACUGGGGUCGCGGAGGCUGAGCAGCGCCAGCGACCUGGAGGAGAAGGAGAACAGAGGGCAGGGCCAGUGUUUUGUUUUGUGUCCAUCCUGCAUCCACAGAGAGUCGGCUGCUCACCUGGUGCGGAGCGGCCCCCCCGCCCGCCAGCUGCGGAGGGACGGAGCGGAGGGGAGCGAAUCUCUGCAGACGGCCGCCCCUUCCACCUACGUGACAACCUACCUGAAAAGGCCUCCUUACAAAUCCCCGGCUGACUCCGCAGCGGAGAGAACAGUAGACAGUGCCUCUUGCGGCACCCCCCUCUGUGUGAUCACGAAUCGCCCCCCACCUAGCACUGCCAAUGGGGUUUCAGCUGCCGCUGUGCUCUCCACUCCUGGAACGGACUCCUCUGUGGAAGCCAGGGAGCGGAGGAGGUCGUAUCUGACUCCUGUACGGGAUGAGGAAGCAGAGUCCUUACGGAAAGCGCGCUCCAGACAAGCUCGGCAGACUCGAAGGUCUACCCAAGGUGUAACCCUGACGGAUCUCCAGGAAGCAGAAAGGACGCUCAGCCGGUCGAGGGCAGAGCGUCAGGCUCAGGAACAGCCCAGCCCGAAGCCCGUGGGCCCCAGAGGGCUCGAGGGCAGCGCCCAGAAGCAUGAGCCCCUAGCAACCCCUGCAGAGGAAGCUGGGGAGAGCCGCCGGCCCUGGGACCGGAGUCUGGAGGAUCAGCCUGUGUAUCGCCGCCUGAGGUGUCCGGCUCAGCCAGACACACCCACGAUACCAGUGUCACCUCCUGCCCCGAGACCCUCCCUCUACACCAGUUCCUACCUGAUCCGGACGGGUAGGUCUUCAGCCCCUGAUUCAGAGAGUUCAGAGCCCCCCGCCAGCCCUGCAGGGGCAAAGGAAAUGGACAAAAACGAGGGUGAAGAAGCAGAGUUGGGUGAUCAGUCCUCUAACAGGCUGUCCAUUCGUGAGAGGAGGCGGCCCAAGGAGCGACGAAGAGGCACAGGCAUCAACCUCUGGACGAAGGAUGAAGAUGAAACUGACGUCUCGGAAGAGGUGAAAGCAGCGUGGCAUGAACGACUUUCUAGGUUGGAAUUGGGAGGCAGUGACGCCAGCAGCGAGCGGGCCUCGGCCAGAGCCCGCCGGGAGGCCCGCGAGGCCCGCCUGGCCACCCUGAGCAGCCGCACGGGGGAAGACAGCAGCAGGGACUACAGAAAGCUCUACGAGAGCGCCCUGACCGAAAACCAGAAACUGAAGACAAAACUUCAGGAGGCCCAGCUCGAGCUGGCAGACGUGAAAUCCAAGCUUGAGAAGGUGGCCCAGCAGAAACAAGACAAGACCGCCGACCGGUCGUCGGUGCUGGAGAUGGAGAAGCGGGAGAGGCGAGCCUUGGAGCGGAAGAUGUCGGAGAUGGAGGAGGAGAUGAAGGUCCUGACAGAACUGAAAUCCGACAACCAGAGGCUAAAGGACGAGAACGGUGCCCUCAUCAGGGUCAUCAGCAAGCUGUCCAAGUAGACCGGGCGCAGGCUUCCCGGGAAGGCGCCGGGCCCCGCCUCACCCCCACCCGGGCCCACCAGCCAAGAGGAGCCAGAGGGACCUUUCUCUGGCCGUCGUCCAGUUACCGCCUCUGCACGCUCCGUGUCCCCUCCUCUGGCCCCCGCCGCUGGGUUUCAGACGGUUUUCAUUGAAGCACGACUGCGAUCCUUCAACCGAUAGAGCCGUCUGGUGGAGGCCUCGGGGUCGCCUGCCAGCUGUGGACCCGGCCUCCAGCCGCCGGGCCACUGGUCCACGUAGCACUUGGUCCAGGCCCCAGCCCUGUGGCCACCGCCAUGCGCUCUGACGUGGGACACACGUGGGGAGGCCUCUGGAGCUGCCACCACUACUCCACGUCGGGGCCCCUUCUUGUCCUUGCCUCUCAGGAACUGACUUUCCUCUAACUCCCGCCGGUGGUGGUGGAAUUUUUUCUACCAGCAGCCCCGUGGCCCCUGACUGGUCUAAGCGCCCGUCCCUUCCGUGUCUGGCCCUCUCCCCGGGGCUCGGGUGACCGGGCUUGCCCCUUCCCUUUCUGCCCUUUUACUUUCCUUCCUCCAUCCGCCCCGCGGUGCGUGCCCCGGGGGGUGGGCACUGGCACAGAGCACCGACCCAAGUGGUGUGCCCAGGCAGCGGUACCGCCAGCCUCUCCCCGGCCAGGCCGGGCCAGGCUCGGCUCCCCGCCGUCCUCCCCACGCAGCGUUUCUCUGCUAGAACCCCCGCCUGCCCCACCUCCCUUUGACCUCGUCUCCUCUCCUGAAGAGAAGUGGCGCCGCUGUGAGGAGGCGUGGGGGGCGUCUGAGGCGCCCCCCCCAUGCCUUGUGCUGUGAGCGUGGUGGGCUUGAUGGUGUCGGGAGCAUGUCCAGGGGAGAGACGAUUGUUUGCUCAGAAGCCAGCAGGAGGAACGAGUCUGGACUCGGAGUGGCGAGACCCGGUGGCCAAGACUGUGUCCCAGGGAUCCCACCCUGCGGUCAGGGAGCCUCUGGCGGCUGUGCCUUGACCGCUCGAAAGCUGGGCGGCUUGGAUGAGAGUUGAGGUCCUCCUGAGGGUCCCCCUGUAACAUGACAGCCCUGCCGUACCUGCGGUUGGGGACCCCCAAGGUGCUGACGCUCCCCUGGACCUGGAAGUCGGUCCCCACGUGCCCUGCUUUUCCCACCUGCCCCGUCUUGGCUAUUCUCUCUGGACGAAAACCUGGACAGGUGGCUCCCUUGGCCCAGCACAGAAUUAGGUCAUGAGUUCUUGAUGAUGCCCCAGUAUUAACACUUAAGUGUUUGCUUUUUGUCGGCGCUUUAGCCCUCGGCUGGUUUGAGCGUGCAGGGCACUUCGGGGUUGCCGGAGACAUUUCGUGUGUAGCAGUCCGUCCUCAGCAUACGCCGCCUCUGUCUGGUUUCUCUUUACAGCCCCUUCCGUGGCCCUCAGAAGCAUCACAUGCUCCUUAACCCAGAGCCAUGAUCAAGGUCCCAGUUCGGGAUAGGAGAUUUGUCUCCUGGGGCAGAACGCCUUUCUCAGAGUGUGCAAACUCGUCCAUGUCUGGCCAUUUCCUGCGAGGAGCGAUGCCUGCG